AUGGAAUUUCUGUCUCUAUACUCUCUUCAGAUGAACCGCGUUGUGAGCGCUAUGUUACGGCUUACAGAAAUAGAAGAUAUUUUACGCCAGCUGUCGCAUCUCACCCGCAAGGAUCUCAUUAGCUUUGCAGAUCUACCACGCUUCUUAACAAUGGAACUAAACGUCCGACUAGCCGCAAUCCCGACACUAGUGCAUACGCUCGAUGCACUGAAAUCGGGGUUUGCAGCGAUCAUUCAGCCGCUGGUGGAUUAUGAGUACCAACAUAAUAAGAAACUUCAACUCAAUUUAUUAUUCACGCUGCCAGAAAUUUCGUCUUCUCAAUCGCUUUGCACCAUAGAACAAUUACGGCCAAUUACGUAUCGACAUAAUGGACAUUGUUUCGGUGGGCCGCUACCUUUUGAUGACCUGUUGUUGUUAACCUGUGACAAGAAACGUUACCUGCUCAGAGCACCAGAACUGGACAAGUGUUUUCAAGACGACACCACCAUUCUUUGUCCCGGAAAUCUUUUACACACCGUUCAACAGCCAACAUGGCUCGGGUUACCUUGGACGCCGUCA